UGCACUGGCUAAAUAGCAAGAUUGGAAGUGAAACCUGCACUUGAACGUUUGGGAUAAUGGCACCCAAUACUAUCUCACUAGAAAUCUUAACAUCCAAAGAGAAAAACAGACUGAGAAAGCCAAUUGUAGAGAAGUUGCGCCGGGACCGGAUUAACAGUAGCAUCGAGCAGCUGAAACUCCUGCUGGAGGAGGAGUUCCAGAGACACCAGCCCAACUCCAAGCUGGAGAAAGCUGACAUCCUGGAGAUGACUGUCAGCUACCUGAAAUACAGUCAAAAUUUUGCAUCCUCUGCUACAAGCCUGCAGCAGGAUUACACUGAAGGGUAUUCCUGGUGCCUCAAAGAGGCUCUGUCGUUCUUGUCUCUCCAUUCUGCGAACACAGAAAUCCAGAUGAAACUGCUGUGCCACUUCCAAAGGCCUAAAGUUACAGCCAAGGACUCAAAUUCUCCAGCUCCAUCCUCUGCAGUCCACCAAAUGUCUGCAAAACAAGCAGCACUGAAACCCACCAGCAGACUUUGGAGGCCCUGGUAGAUUAGAAGGACUUUUGUAUGGUUUCUGGACUUUCACUCAUAUUCCAGAGGAGACUGUGACUUGCUGUACAAGUCCUCUCAAUCCUCUAAUGAGUAGGGAAGAAUACUUUCCUUUUACAGAGCAUACUUAUGCUUGGAUGUCAGUUUCCCUUCUCCUAGAAGGAUCUAAAUGCUCCCACCACGUGGAGAGGUAGCUAUUCUAAAAGAAUGUGCAAAGUAAUCCUCAUGGUAGGAUGACUGAGGAGUUGUUCAAAAGGGAACUUUUAAUGUUUUUUUAACCUUGCUGAGGUUUUUGAGUGUAUUUGUUUAGAAAGAAGUAACUUCUAGGAAGUUUAGGCUACAGUUUUCAAAAGUGUCCACUCAACUGGAGUGUCUCCAUUUUUAGCGGCCCAACCUGAGACUCACAGAAUAUUGAUUUUCGAAGUGUGCAGCAUCCCACUCCACUUGAUUUCAACUGGAAUUGUGGGAGUUCACCGCUUGUGAAAAAUCAAUGUCCUACGAAUCACAAGGUGAGCAUCCAAUCUUAGUGUGCACCUUUGAAAAUCUGGCUCUCAUAUUGUUGUUGUAAGGGGUUCUAUAAUGUUUAUAGAGUUUAUUGAGUGUACUUGGAAAAAUGUUACACCAUAACUCAAGCUACGUUGAGGAGAUUCUUCAGGAUGUAUUACUCUUAAAAGCAGAGUAUUGUUUGUUAUGUUCAGGAUACGCAAUGCCUUUUAUAAAGGCAGUAACUUGUUUUGCAUCCUCAUAGGAAGGAAAGUAUCGACUUGUGUAGUCGGUUUUACAAGAAAUAUUUAGCAAAAGUCUUUUAUGAAAGGCAACUGUACAAGUUAUAUUUACAUUUUUGGUACCAUAAUGUUAUGGAAGAUAGUCUAUUCACUAUAAUUCUCAGAGGAUACUGUGAUGUGUAUCUGUCAGGUGCACCGAUUGUAUGAUCUGUGUUUGAAACUAUUUUGAACUUCAAAAGUCGCAGAAACUUUGCAUGCUGUUAAAAUAAAAUCUGAUUACUGAAUCUAUAUGCAGCAAGUUAUUCUCUCCUGUGUAGAAAUCCCUAACUGAUGCCCCUUUGACAGAGGCUUCACAGGAUAGUGCUGUUUAAAGAACUACCGUAGGAGACCUCACAAUAGAUACACAAAGAUCACAGUUCAAUUGUGGAGCAAACCAGAUUUGCAAAAUUUGAUCUAAAGCCCUGUAAUUUGAAUGACUCCUAUUGAUUAACAUACAGAAUGGCACUGACAAGAUCCAGAAGGAGCCAUAGUCAGCCUUCGUCAGCAGUGAGGAAAGCGUGAAUAGGGAUUACUUAUGUGAUUAAGGGUUUGCAGGAUCAAGCACUCACAUUCUAUAAUGCAGCAGAAUGCCCACCCUCAACACUCACUAUCCAGAGUCAGAGGAUUUCUUUAAUUCAGAGGGGAAAUGUUUUAAUGGGCCAUUUGGUGUCUGCCUUUGGGUUUAAUAAGGCAAAUCCACUGUACUCGUGGCUGGUAUCCCUGGAUUGUUGAGACUGUGCCAGGAGACAGUGAAGGGAAAGCAAAGGGGAAGAGUCCAAUAAAUACGAUUCGAUAGCAGACUUCUCAUAAAUCUCAUAUUCAUUUAACAAGGCUGCUCACAAAUUAGUUCAAAGACUGAGAUACUUAACUUUAGUACUGUACUUUUAACUGAUCGUUUUGCAGCUUCUUAGUCACAUGCUAGAAAUACCCAUUUAACAAACAAAAUCAAACACCUUGCAGACGUCCAACAAUAAUAUUAAGCCCUUAUAUAUUAUGAUUUCCACUUUAGAUAUAGAAGAACUGAGACAGAGAUUAAAGUAAAAAUAUUCUAAACAAGCUUCUAAUCUUCAGAUGCCCAAUUUCAGAUGUCUAAGACCUGAUUUUCCAAGGUGAUAAAGGUAUACAGCUUCACUGACUUCAAUUGGAAUUGUGAGCGCUCAGCACCUUCAGAAAUCACUCCCCCAAAAUGAAGGCAACCAAACAUCAGUAGACACUUAGAACAAAGGGACUUACCAAACAUCACAGAAAAGGUGAGUGUCACAGCUGGAUUUAACUCAGGAGUUCUUGGGUCUCGGUCCCAUAUUCAGACUGAUAGGUCCGGGGUGGCUCUGAUGUAUCUAUGAAUGAGAAAAAUGAGGGCCAUCAUUUUAGAAACAGAGAAUCCACUUCAAGUAAGGAAGAAAUAACUUCCUACGUG